AGGGUUCGUAAUCGCGGAUCACUCGCUUGUUAACUUUUCGGGUCUCUCGGACGACUGACUGGUCGGAGCGCUUAGGCAUUUCACCCAAAAACGGGGCAAGCGUGCCUCGCAGGGAAGAUCACGACGUGCUCACGCUUGAGAGUCGUAUAGUAUCACGCGCCUAUCAUGCCGAAUAACAGUUCGGACGGACUCCGAACAGAGAUUAUUCAUUUAGACGGAGUGCAGGCUCGUACUCCUAAAAUUUCACGAUAUAAUAACGGCAAUGUGCCCUACGAGCUACAGAUCCAGAGUAAUACAACAAUCUUCAAUUUUGGGAAAUAUAAUAUGGAACGAACCAAUUUAAUCGAACCGGAGCUUGUGGAGUUUUGUGAUGUAAUGAAUACAUCAUCAAGAGUCGCAUUAGAGGACUAUAUAAAGUCCAAUUUUGGGCCAAUUUAUAAAACUAAUUUGAAUAAGAAAAUUGGAUGUGGAUCCAUCACUGAUGGGUACUUUAAAUUAGAAGUACAUAUUACAAGUUUUGAAGAAAACGAUUAUGAACUUAUGAAAGGAGAUAAAAUUAAAGUAAUUGGCGAGAUGCAAUAUGCAAUUGAUCCACCGUACUUUUCAGUACAAAGUCUAAACAUUAAGAAAUUAGAAGACCGAAUGUCUUUGACUACUAUAAUAAAUGUUAAUCGCACGUUAAAGAAAAAGAAAUUUGAAGAAAAUUCAUCACAACAGGUAAAAAUUAUAUCAUCAUUAAAAGUAAUAAGUGUAAUCGGUGUGUGUGUACAAGGUGAGUCAAAAGUAUGUUUAAAAAAUUUGUGUAUUCUUGCAUAAAAAGGAACAAGCUCACAAAUUUUGAAAACAAUAUUUUUGAUUCACCUUAUAUCUGCGUAGAGAGAAACAGAGAGUGCAAACUUCUCCAUUUGUUUACAUAAACAGCUUCAGUAAGCAACCACU